CAAAUAAUACUAAUAAUGAAACCGAUCGAAAUGAAACACUUGCUCAUUUAUAUGGGGUGCUUUUAUAUAAGAAGAAGGAUAUAAUAGCAAUUCAAGAAAAUCUUGGUAUUAAUGGCAGUGUAUUUAAGCAAAUAGAAUGUGAACCUGACGAAAAAACACUUGCUAAUUCAUAUAAGUUGUUGUUAGAAUUGGUGGAGGAUUUAAUACCGAUACAGGAAAAUCUUAACAUUGACGGCGACCCUGUUCUAGCAGUGGAAUAUAAUAACGUGGCAAAUCUAACCAAUAGAGGUUCUUCUGAUUUAUCACUUUCGAGAUUAUUUAAUUUGCUUUUAUGCUUAAGAGAGGAUAUAAUAACAAUUCAGGAAAAACUUGAUAUUGUCGGUUAUACUGAUCAAGAAAUGGUAGAAGCUGAUAAAAAUGCGAGA